AUGGCCACCGUCGAGAGAUUGAGACGCAACCAGACCGCCUUCGACUACGUUGUCGUGGGAGGCGGCACCGCUGGCUGCGUUAUCGCGAGCCGUCUAGCUGCAGAGCUCCCAUCAGCCAGCAUCUUGUUGAUUGAGGGCGGCGAGAGCGACGUUGGCAAAGACGACCUCCACAACCUCAAGCUGCAGGUCAACGCCUGGGGAGGCGAGCACGAUUACCGAUGGAGCUCGGUGCCUCAGCCCAAGGGGAACAGCUUCAUCCAGCACUCGCGUGGCAAGGUCCUCGGGGGCUGCUCCAACAUCAACGGCUGCAUCUCGUUCCGGCCUCUCGAGUAUGACAUCCGCAAGUGGCAGGAAGCCGGCGCUCACGGGUGGACGUUUGACGAGAUGGUGAGGCUCGUCGACAAGCUGCGGGUCACGGUCAAUGAGAUCCAGCCGAAGCAUCACAACUCGGUCGACCUGGCGCUGGUCGAGGCAGCUCAGCGGGCAUUCAACAUUCCCAGAACGGACUCGUUCAAUAAGAACGUUGUACACACGGGCAAGAUUACGCCAUCAGCAGGCCAUUUAGCGAUAGCUCAUAACCCGGACAACGGCUACCGCAGCAGUGCCAGCGUCGCCUACAUACACCCGAUUCUGCGCGAAGAGGAGAAACGGCCUAAUCUGACCAUCCUCACCAGCGCCUGGGUCCAUCGCAUCAACUUCAUCGACAACGUCGCUGCUGGAGUCAGUCUGACACUCAAGUCAGGCUUCGAGGUGACCGUCAGGGCCGAUAUCGAAACCAUCCUCUGCGCGGGCGCCUUCGAUUCGCCGCGGCUGCUGCUUCUCUCCGGCGUCGGGCCACGAGACCAGCUCGAGAGCUACGAUAUUCCCGUGGUCGCCGAGGUUCCGGGCGUGGGCGAGAACCUGAUGGACCAUACAGAGACGGUCAUGAUGUGGGAAAUGAAGAUGCCGGUUCCGCCAGAGUCGGUCAUCUACUCCGAUGUGUGCUUCUUCCUGCGCCGAGAGGCAGAGAACUCUCGGGGCGACGACGGCGACAUUAUGGACUCCAUGUUCCACGUCUUUGGAAUCGGCUUCGACGACAACACGGCUCGUCACGGAUACCACGCCCCCAAGAACGCCUACUGUCUGAUUCCGAACCUGCCGCGGCCUCGCUCCCGGGGCCGCGUCUACCUGCAGUCGUCAGACCCCAAGGUCCGUCCGGCCGUUGACUUCCGCUACUUGACCGAUUCCGAGGACUACGACCUGAAGACAAUCCUCUUCGAGCUCCGGGCCGGUCGCAAGUUGGCGGCCACAGCUCCCUUCCGAGACCUCAUCAAGCGAGAAAUUGCGCCCGGUCCGGACGUCCAGACGGAGGAGCAGCUCAUCGACUACACUCGCAAAACCCAUGGCACUGUCUUUCACCCAUGUGGAACGGCCAAGAUGGGAGACACGAGCAAGGACAGCAUGGCAGUUGUCGAUCCCCAGCUUCGUGUCCGUGGAGUCAAGAAGCUGCGCGUGGUGGAUGCCAGUGUCUUCCCGCUCAUCCCGUCCGUGAACCCGAUGCUCACUGUUUACGCCGUUGCUGAGAAGGGUGCCGAGAUGAUUAUCGAGGAUUAUACCUCGGCCAAUCUGAAGCCCAGGAUCUGA